CGCCGAGCUCAACGAGUUUGGGUGGUUUGUGAAGGCGGUGAUUCGCGCGAGCUGGAUUUGGAUGUUUUUCACUUUUUCGGCAGUCUCAAUCUCGCCAACGAACGAUUCCCGCUUUGCCCCAAUUGACCGGCACCACUUCACACUCACACACACACACACAACAUGUCGUCCAAGGGUGCUUCGAUUCCGGAGGCUGUCCUCAAGCAGCGCCGCAUCUCCAAGGAGCAGCGCGCCGCCAAGGCCAAGGCUGUUGCCGAGCGCAAGGUCGCCAACAAGAAGCGCCACGCCGAGGCCUUCAAGCGUGCCGAGAAGUACGUGAAGGAGUACCGCUCGCGCGAGCGCUCGCUCAUUGCCCUCCGCCGUGUCGCCAAGUCCGCCGGCAACUACUUUGUCGAGCCCGAGGCCAAGCUCGCCUUUGUCAUCCGCAUCCGCGGUACCCAGGGCGUCGACCCGAAGACCAAGAAGGUCCUCCAGCUCCUGCGCCUCCGCCAGAUCCACAACGGUGUGUUUGUCAAGCUCAACCGCGCCUCGGAGCAGAUGCUGCGCCUUGUCACCCCGUACGUCGCCUACGGUUACCCGUCGCUCAAGAACGUCCGCGAGCUUAUCUACAAGCGCGGUUACGGUAAGAUCAACGGCCAGCGCAUCCAGCUCUCGUCGAACGAGCUCAUCGAGGAGCAGCUCGGCAAGUACAACGUCAUUUGCAUUGAGGACAUUGUUCACGAGAUCUACACCGUCGGCCCCAACUUCAAGCAGGUCAACAACUUCCUGUGGCCGUUCAAGCUCUCGUCGCCGAAGGGCGGCUUCAGCACCAAGGUCCUCCACUACAUCGAGGGUGGUGAUGCCGGUAACCGCGAGAACCAGAUCUCCAAGCUCAUCUCGCGCAUGAACUAAAAACCAAACAACCGUA